GCGGGGCCGGCCCGGCCCGGGCACCCGCCCCGGAGCGGCUCGGGCUCCGAGCGGGGCCGGCCAGGCCCGGGCACCCGCCCCGGAGCGGCUCCGUGCGGCUCGGACGCCCAGAGGAGCGGCCAGUGGGCAGCGCGGCGCACGAAGCGGCUCCGGGGCUGGCGGGGCCGUGCCGGUGUGGCGGAGCGGAGCGGGCCGGGCUGAGGGCUGGGCGAGGAGCCGGUGCCUGCGGGGAGCGGGGCGGAGAGCACGCUCCUGGUGGCAGCAGGGUCCCCCAGAUAUCGCCAGCAGUGACGCCUCCACUGUCCUCCCUCGGGAAACAAGAGCUUGAGCUGCAUCUCUGAGUUUAGACCUCCAACCUCAGCAUCCUGAUCUGGUGCUGCCUUUGGGAGGAUGAAUCAGGACAGUUACUCAAGUGAUCAGCCCACGGGAGACCUUCACAUUUCCAUCUUCUGUCUCAUCUGGAGAGCAACUGGAUGCAAUAGCUCCAGGUCCUGCAGGAGCUGCAGUGUCCUCCCUCUGGUGGGAUGAGCCCAGGACACGAGGUGGCUUUGAUCUCCUGUUUAUGUCUGGCUCUGGGAGCAACUGCUUGUGGGUUCUUUUGUUAUGUUCAGCCCCUGACUGUGCCUCGUCCUUGGAUUCCCAGAAGCCUCACCAGGCCAGGACCCACUCGUACUGCUGAAAACCCUUCAGCUUCUCUGGACAAAGCAGGAGCUGGGGAAGCUCAAGGAAGAAAUCAGGCGGGGCUUUGCCAGACUGGAGGACCCUUUGGCAGGACUCCUGGCCAUGCUGGAGAGCAGCAGUGAUUGGAAGGGGAAAGGGCAUUCCCUGGGGUAUUGCAUCACCACGGAGCUGCAGCUUUGGAUAAAAGCACAUCCUGCUGUCCCACAGUCUGGCACCAAGCUGAAGAAGCUGCAGGCCCGUGUGCUCGGAAUGCUCUCCCAGUGCCCAGCUAAUCUGCUUGACCCCCUGAUUAGCAUUUACCAGCUCCACACAGCAGACCGGAACUAUUUGCUUGAACAUGUCAGUCAUCUUUAUCUCCAGGGCAAUUACAAAGAGGCAGCCAUACUGAGUAUUAAGCUGAAAUUACAGCCAGAUCAAGAUGUAGAGAAGAUGUGUACCCCACUACUGCUCCAGGAUAAAACUAACUUGGUGGAAGAAUACGUGGCAGAAUAUCCCGAGCUCCAGAGGAAGCUCUUGCAGACCCUGGACACAUGGUGUGAGCCCAGCUUCGAUAUCAGAGACAUCACAAGACCAUAUCAAGGCCUGUCCAAGUACAAACCUGAAAAAUUUAACCGCAGAAUGCUCAGUAAGCUGGUCUUCAGGCUCCUGGAGAGAUUCAACGUUGACUCAGCUCUCUGCCCUAAUGUCAUAAAUCAGCGGCACUUGAGAACCCUGAAUUACCUCUUUUACAAGAGAUUUGUUGAGAAAACCAUGACUGAGGAGAAUUGGGCAGACCACAUUCAGAGCACAGUUGGAGAGAACCGGUGGCUCCAAGGACACCUGGUGCAGUCGCUGCUCCGUCACUGCGACGCGCGUGGGGCGGCGCGGUGGGCGCAGCACUGCCAGGUGCCUCCCGAGAUGCUGCCUCAGGCUGUGGCUGAGGAGCUUCAGAAGCUGCACAUCCAGGACAGGGUAGAAGAGGUCACAAAAGCAGAUAAUUGUGAGGCCAGUAAGAAGAAGGACUAUUACCAGCUUCCUAUUCCACGGGAAAAUAUUCACUUUCUGCAGACAUGGGAGGAGACGCGGCAGUGCUGGGAGAAGGUGCUGCAGCCUGGGCAGGUCGUUGGUGUGGACAUGGAGUGGAAGCCUUCCUUUGGCAUGGUGGGGAAGCCCCGCGUCGCCCUUCUGCAACUUGCACUGAAGGAUGAGGUGUUCCUGUUGGACCUGCCACGGCUCCUUGAGCAAGCUGAGGCUGAGGGGGAAAAGGAGAAGCUUCCCCAUUUCAUCCAGAUGCUCUAUUCAGAUGCAGCCAUCACUAAACUAGGUUAUGGGAUGUCUGGAGAUCUCAGCAGCCUUGCAGCCACAUGUUCUGCUUUAAAAGACACAGAGAAGCAAAUGCAAGGUGUGGUGGAUCUUCUUGCAGUGGACAAACAACUGCAGUGGGGGAAGGACAGCCGGAAGGUCGAUGGACUGUCCCCGGAGCACAGGCACGAGGAGAGAGGGGUCAGGCAGCCAGAGAAGGGACUCAGUCUCCUGGUGCAGCAUGUGCUGGGGAAGCCUCUGGAUAAAACAGAGCAGCUGUCAAACUGGGAGAAGCGGCCGCUCCGGGAGGAGCAGAUCCUCUAUGCAGCCUCAGAUGCCUACUGCUUGCUGGAGAUCUAUGAGAGGCUCUGCAAGGACCCCGAGAGCUUCAGUCUGGGUUCAGACCUGACAGACAGUCUGGUGGGAAAACAGAGCAAAAAACCCAGGGCAAAAAAGCAGCUGAAUAAACAAGAAGCACCAUCACCUUCUGGACAGGAAUGCCAAGGACCCAGAAUGGAGCCCUCACGCCCCCCUGCCCCCAUCUCCCCCCAGGAGUUCAGCGUGGUCUGUGACAACAUGCUGCAGGGCCUGGGGCGCUACCUGCGCUGCCUGGGCGUGGAUGUCCGGCUGCUGGACAAUGAGGAUGACCACAGGAAAGCUGCUGAGAUAGCCCGACAGGAAGGAAGAGUCAUUUUGACCUCUGGACUCCCAUAUCACACUCUGCGCUCCCAGGUGGGAGAAGGAAGGUGUUUCUCUGUGAACUGCUCCGAGAAGGCGAAGGAACAGGCGCUGCAGGUGCUGAAGCACUUCAACGUGCAGGUGUCCCUGGGUGACAUCUUCAGCCGCUGCCAGGUGUGCAAUUGCAACAAGUACCUGAAGGUCUCACGGGAGAGUAUGAAGCAGCUGGUGGAGAGCAGCAGACAAGUGUCAGGGGAGCACAGUGCAGGCUGCCCAGGGAGCCAGAGCUGCAGUGCCACUGGGCCAGUCUGUGACACAGCCCAUCCUGGCUGCACCCCACACAGCGAGCGGGCAGAGGGGAUGGAGCAGUGCGGGGCAGCCCCGGUGCUGGCAGGAGACACGGUCCUGCAGGUCACUGCUAUCCCCCCCGGGGUGCUGGACAGAGCAGAGCUCACCGACUUCUACUGCUGCACCUGCUGUGGGAAAGUGUUUUGGGAAGGAUCCCAUUUUGGACACAUUGUGUCCCAGUUUGAGGAUGUUCUUGUGGCCUCUAGGGACACACAGAGCAUCUAUGAGCUGAGCUGAGCUGAGCUGAGCUGAGCUGAGCUGAGGAGAAGCACGGGGGCUCCACAGGGGAACUGGGACUGCCUGGGGAACCUCAGCAGAUUUUGGGUCCUGGGUUUCCAGAGAGAGUCUGAAAGUGGGGAGGUAGGAGCUCUCAUUUUGGGAUCCAUCAUGGAGAGCACUGUCACAGGUGCACCAGUGGUUUGCAACAGCCCAAAAAUACAUGGCCUCUAUGAGAUCAUUAAAGCAGAGGUGGCUGAAGAAUG